UUUGAGGUUCUGAAACUGUUCAAAAUUAUUUUUGAGAGGUUAAGCUGGAAUUGGUUUCAAAUAAUAGACUAGCACAAGAAAUAUACAAGAUGCAGAAGAGUAUUACCAGCGUUUGUGUAUCUCUCAUCUUUUGCGCAAUCCUCUCGGAGACCAUUGGAUUAGUAAUUGCGGCUAAAGAGAAGCGUGGUUGGACUCUUAACAGUGCAGGAUAUCUCUUGGGUCCUCAUGCGAUUGACAGUCAUAGAUCACUGAAUGACAAGCACGGCCUGGCGGGAAAGAGAGACAUGCCCUUGGAGGAUGAUUUCAAAUCAGCAGCUUUGAGGAUAUCUGAUGAAGAUGUUAUUCACACCAUAAUUGACUUCCUCUCUUAUCAAAAAUUGAAAGAAAUGGGGGCACUUGACAGCUUGCCAUCGUCCCUCACAUCAGAAGAGAUGGGUCAGCCAUAGCUUGUGAUGAACCUCUACCCUCUUGUGUACAACUGUAGGACCUUGGCUUUGCCCUUUUCUGUUUGGGUUUCACAAAUUAAGCAAAACAUUUCUGUUUCUCCUGCUACUCUGUGACAUUGUUCUUCACUCCACUACAACUUAUGGCGGUGUGAGUUGGAGAAAGUGUAAAAAAGAUAAAU